UAAACAGUGAUAGGGACAGAAAAGUUAAUGCUUUGAAGGAAUAUCGUUAUACUAUAUGCCUUUACAUUAAACGUUUAACUUGUCUGCUGAUAGAACGAGGGUAUAUACUACAAUUUAUGAAUACAUGUACCUAUAUUAUACCUUAAGUACUGUCUCACCGUGGACUUCUAUACAGUUAAAUUUCCAACGGCAAAUAAAGAGGAACAAUAUUAUGAUUAUUCUUACAACUUUAUGAAAUGUGUUUAUUAGGAAAGUGUUCUAAAUGUUUAAAGCAAAACCGAGUGUUCAGUUUACAAGUCUUGAUUGAAAUGUAACAUUAUGAUAUUGGCAUUGUAACCGUGUAAGAUUAUUAUUCCUUGUCAUUUGUAAACACUGAACGAACACGUCAGGCUUUCAGGAGAAAUGGAACUUUAUAAAAACUACCCAAGACUUUGCACGAUUUGGUGUUUUAUUGAAAUUUUGUUCUACGCAGGUCAGCUGUUCGGUUGGUCUUCGCUUUUGUAUGUAUUAAAGCAGGAGGGAUUUUAUCUUGAACUGUGUUCUGAUACACCUGUAGAAAAUAAUAGAGCAGCCGACAAUUCUGGUACAGGACAGACGAGAAUUGCCGAUGAAUUGUACACAAAUGACAGUUUAGUGGCGACAUAUUUAUCAGACUAUGAUGUAACGGAUGUUAAUGUAACAUAUUAUGCUCAGUCUAAACACGGGAAUUACACUCAUCAAAAUAGCUUGUACACCGUUUAUAGCGAAUUAAAUGAGGAGGAUAAAUCAUGGCGGGAGUUUAGGACAGAUGCAGACGAGAUACCAAGAUGUACUGAACAAGACGCUAGACUGAACUUAUGGUUCUCCAUUGCAAUAUGCGUCGCCUAUGUGAUUUGUUCCAUCAUGGGGCCAAUUCUACAGAGGAUCGGCAUGCGGAAUUUCAGAUUAUUAUCUAUGUUGACAUACAUAACUGGUGCCUUGUGUCUUGGAUUCGCAACGCCAGAGAUUCCAUGGCUAAUUUGUCCAGGAUUAUGCUGUAUAGGGGUGGCAGGCAUGGCUUUGUACUCAACAAACAUACAUGUGUCUUUUUUAUUCCCAGCUGUACAAUCCACUAUCACAGCCGUGUUUGUCGGACUCUAUGAUGCUUCCACAGUUGUUACAUAUCUUAUGAAGGUUGCGUUUGACGGCGGUAUAUCAAGGAAAUAUUACUAUACCGGACUUGCUGUGAUCCACCUGGCACUUAUUGGUACAAGUACCCUACUGUUGCUUCCCUGUGUCCGUAUAAAACCUCGAAUAACAAACACCCGCACUGGUAAAUCUGAAUAUGUGCAGACGGAAAAAGAGAAAUUUAUCAAAUUGGAGGAGAAAGAUAAGGGACCUUCUGUUUGUCGGAUCCUGUUUUCCAGCGAAUACCUUUUACACGUAUUCUGGAUGUGUGUCCAAGGUUUCAGAUUUGUCUCCUUUCUUGGCUUUUUUAACACCUGGAUGGAAAAUAAGUUCAACGGAAACGCUGCUAAAGAAAAUUAUUAUCUCGGUGUGUUUUCAUACGUUACCAUGGCAACCGUUAUCACAUCUAUUACCGCCGGGAUGUUACACGAUUGUCAGCGUCGGAGUUAUAUGCUGACUGACGACUUCAAGAGAAGACGUAUGCCGAUAAUAUUGCCCUUAACUGUGACGUCAAUAAUGUCUAUAGUUAUUACCUCAUUGAUUUACGUUGAAACGGAAGCGUUCCUUAACCUCGUUUUUGUUUUGUUUACAAUCUACAGAUCCUACCUAUUUUCCUAUGAGAUUACCUUCUUAAAUGACGUGUAUCCGUUGAAGUCAUUCUCAGUGUUGUUUGGUAUUUUACAUUCCUCGGCCGGGUUAUCCGGACUUAUACAAUAUCCGGUGUUCGAGUGGUACAAGUCUUACGAUUUGGCACCAAACCAUGUAAGUUUCUUUGCCGAUGUGUUUGUGUCACUAAAUUCAUAAAAGUAAUGUUGACUCUUUGAGAUGAAGGUGAUUAACCAUUUAUAUGAUGAGUCGCUUUGUAGAUUAUCUAAUCUUUCUAUUUAAAGGACUUCACUCUCUCCUAAAUUUGGAACUAUUCUAUAACUAUUCAUUAUUAAAUUUUUGGAUGUCAAAUUAAACAUUUUAAGUUAGUAAUCCAACAGUGUAUGGCCUGGCCAGACAGUGCAUGAGUACAUAGACUAACUUGGCUCUGUGCCGCCGUCUU